UCAUAUAGUAACUGACUUUGUGAUAGUGGCAAAUAUGGUAUAGUCAUCCAAACAGGUCGAUAUUACAUCGUGUCAUGAUCAAGUUGAUGAUUUACUCUCCUAAUAUCCAAAUCAGAAAAGGAAUGACUUCUUGUGAGGAAAAUCAAAGUUUUAAAAUGCCCUAAUCAGAGCCAACUCAAAUCUGACAAUCUGUGCAAUGGCCUGGGGAAGUUCUGUGGACGAAAGAUGUAUUCACAAUCUGAUAGACUUGGAGAACUUUGGUUGGUGCAUCACGUUCUCUAACAUCACAGCAUGGUAAUCCCGUCGAGCUGUUGGACUAAUCCCACCAAACUCUAAUGGAGUGUGUCAAGUCUGUGAAGGAUUACGUGUGGGUGGGUUUCUUUGGGAGUCGUCGUGUUCACCUGUCUGUGAUUUAUUCCCUGGUUUCUGCCAGACAGGCUGAUCUUUUUUUUGCACUGGAUAACCAUAUGAACAAAAACGCUUUCAUUAGCUUCGUCUUAGUUUUUGUAGGCAAAGAUGGCAUCCAAAAAGCAGAGGUGUAACGAGGCACUGGUGGUAAGCACAAAAAACAACAAACCUGUGAGGAAGGACAGAGAAAAUGAGAUCAGAGUGUGUGUUGGAGGUAAGCAGAGCUCCAGCGGCGCUCCUAAAACCAGCGGGAGAAGCAUCAAAGGAAGCGAGUCGACAGCAGCUGGGAGUAAAGCCGUUGGUAACCGAGGGUACCAGGGUACCAGACCAUCAUCGCAGCCAGCAAAGCCAGCACUGCGCCUGAGGAGCAGCCGGAGCUUCUCCUCCCUGCAAGCCUCUUCCUUCCCUGCCGCUCCGUUCAUGAGAAGCAGCCGCUCACUCAGCAGACUUGAUGAAAGAUCCGCCGAAGAUACACAUAAUACCGAUGCAAGUUCAAAAGUCAGAAAAGGACAAGCUAGUGGGAGGAAAACACUGGAUUCUGGCAGGCUGUCGUCAUCUGUGGAGAGAAUAAGCAGCUCCACUCAGCUGCAGCCGUCCUCCUCCUCCUCCUCCGUGGUCUCCACUGCUAUAUGUCAUCAUCAAACCAGCAAAGAAAAGAAGCAGAUCAAAGAUGGGGUGUACACACUGUGUGCAAUGACCGCCGGGAUGAGACGCAACUGGGUGCAGGCCGUUUUUAAAAAUGUGCAGCCCAGUUUUCAGCAAGUCGACACAAGCUCCCUUGCAGAGAAUAAAGAAGACGAGCUGGAAGACGAGUGGCGCGGACAGCAGCAAGAACUGACGUCUGAACAGCAAUUAGAAGGAGCACAAAGCCCGGCUGAUUUGGACUCGUCGCCCCCUCGCCGCCCCGUUUCGCCCUCUUCUCCGCCUGCUCCAACACCUGCAGGUCCUCCACAGCCGCAGGAGGAGCGUGAAGAAGAAGCCCAGCGCCACCUUCAUGUGGAGACCACUAAGACCGGCGAGUCAUGUCACCAAAUUAGAUGAUAUUAGCAUGUUUGAUUUAAAAAAAAUAGUAAAAGUAUGAGAUCUAUGCUGGUUGUAAUGGAGGAACACUGACUGAUAAUGUUUACGUUUAGCAACAUUAAGGUGUGGAUGGUCUGCAGAGAGCUCCAUACUUUUCCCCUCCCCCAUCUUGAGAUACUUCUUGUGCAAAAUGUUAGUCAUGAGAAAAGCUUUUAUUGGACUCAACCAGCUAAAAGGACCUGGUUGCUUUCUUGGCUUUCUAUGCCUGAUUUGCAUCUUCUUUUCUUAAUUAAUUACACAUACAGUGCUUUAAAAACUGCUUGCUCCCUUGCAAGUGUCAUCUAUUUUUGUUUUUAUGUCACGCUUUAGUGUUGCAGGUCGUCAAAUAAAUUUUAGGAUUAGACAAAUACGCGCCCAAUAAUGCAAAAAGCAUUUCAAAUUGGAUGAUUUAAUUCGUUAAAAAAACAAAAGCCUGGCCCUACAUGUGAAAACGUUACUGGUUUUAACAGCUUUGACCACGACCUGUCAUGGCAUCUCAUUCAGUUUCAAGUGUGGGCCUUUAAUAGACUUGUCAAAAACUUAUUUUUUUUAGAGAUCGACUUGCUGGUGUGUUUGGAGUCCUUGACUUGCUGCAUAACCUAAGUGUCCCUGAGCUUAUGGCUUGGCUUUCUCCUUCAGGAGUUUCCAGUAGAGAGCAGAAUUCAGGGUUCUGGCUAGUUGUCCAGUUUUCUGCCAGGAUCACUGGUAGUUUGUUCAGUCUCUUUCUUGUUGUUGAAUCUUCAACAGUGACCUUAACUGAGGCAAGUAAAGCCUGCAUUGCUCUAGAGAUGGUGUUCUGGAUUCCUUUGCGACCUCCUGGAUGAAGUUUUGAUGAGCUUUAGGAGUAUUUUUGGUUGGUUGGCCACUUCUGAGGUCCACCGCUGUUCAAUGUGUUCUGCAUUUGUGGAUAUUGGAUCUCACUGUGGUUCACUGGACGGGCUUUAUAAGCUUUUUCAGACAGACUGGUGUCAAUAACUUUGUUUCUGUUUUUGAAUGUCAUUAGAUUGGGGAAUGAUGUGUUGCUUUUUCCGAUCAUUUAGUCUAUUUCAUGUCCUAAGAAAACCUCUAUUUAAUUGAAUGA